GCCGGCUUCCCGUGAGUGUGUUUUACCGUCCCACCCUGCCAAUGUCCGUCUUUACGUUCACGUCUGGCACUUCCGCCCGCUCUCGGGGUGUCUGGUGCAGUGCGGCGUUCCAGGCUGCUAGUGAUGAAGAAUGAAACAAACGUUAUUUAUUCACAGAGUGGAGGUGUCCUAGAAAACAAGUAAAACAUGUGCGCAGCCAGAAAAUCCGACUCCUGGGUAUCAUCAUGCGUUUCCCAGGAGUUCUGUGAUAACUGACAAUCACCAUGGAGAAGGCUUUCAAUUCAUCAGAAACUUUGCCUUCUAAAUCAUCUCAGGUUGGAAGCAGAAAGGAGACCGAAUCAGCCAAAGAACUGGAAUCCAACAAAACCCAGGGCCAGAAACGGGUGGGCUUUGUGCUGGUGCACGCAGGUGCCGGUUACCACUCGGAGUCAAAAGCAAAGGAAUACAAACAUGUAUGCAAACGAGCGUGCAAAAAGGCAAUAGAAAAACUGCAGGCUGGGGAUCUUGCUACAGAUGCAGUGACUGCAGCUCUAGUUGAGCUAGAGGAUUCUCCUUUCACAAAUGCAGGAAUGGGGUCAAACUUAAAUCUUUUGGGUAAAAUAGAAUGUGACGCCAGCAUAAUGGACGGCAGAUCUUUAAGCUUUGGAGCAGUGGGGUCACUGAGUGGAAUCAAAAAUCCAGUGUUGGCGGCAAACAAGUUGCUCUGUGAAGGACAGAAAGGAAAGCUCUCAGCGGGCAGAAUUCCUCCCUGCUUCCUAGUUGGAGAUGGCGCAUUUAAAUGGGCUGUGGAUCACGGAAUACCUACCUGUCCUCAAAAUAUCAUGGCUACAAAAUUAAGCCUUGCUGCUUUUAAGCGCAAUAAAAGAAAACUGGAGCUGGCCGAGAAGGUGGAAACGGAUUUCAUUCAGCUGAAAAAGAGGAGACAAUCAAGUGAAAAGGAGAAUGACUCAGGAUCUUUGGACACUGUUGGAGCCAUUGUUGUUGACCAAGAUGGGAAUGUAGCUGCUGCUGUCUCCAGUGGUGGAUUAGCCAUGAAGCAUCCAGGAAGAGUUGGCCAGGCUGCUCUUUAUGGAUGUGGCUGCUGGGCUGAGAACACUGGAGUUCACAAUCCUUAUUCUACAGCUGUGAGUACUUCAGGCUGUGGAGAGCACCUUGUGCGGACCAUAUUGGCCAGAGAAUGUUCACUUGCUUUGCAGGCUGAAGAUGCUCAUCAGGCUUUGCUGGAGUCUAUGCAAAACAAGUUUAUUGGCUCGCCCUUCCUGGCUAACGAGGAUAACAUUCUUGGUGGAGUAAUUGUGCUUCGAUCAUGCAGGUGUUCCUCAAAAUUGGACUCUACAAAUGAUAAACAAGCCCUACUAGUGGAAUUCCUGUGGAGCCAUACAACAGAGAGCAUGUGUGUGGGUUACAUGUCUGCACAGGAUGGCAAAGCUAAGACACACAUUUCCAGGUUACCCCCGGGGGCAGUGGCGGGACAGUCAGUAGCAAUAGAAGGUGGAGUAUGCAGACUCGAGAGCUCCGUCAGCUAAAAACAAAGCUGUCCUGAUUUUCAGCUCAAUCUUCCAGGCUAAUAAUCAAUCGACACAGGAAAGUCUUUCGCUUCAGCAGGCUUUAAACAUUUUAAUAACGUAAAUGCACUAAAUACACAGCAUGCCAGUUGUAUGACCUGUGCUGUAUUGUGAUGGUUUCAUUCUAAUAUUCUUACCUACAAAACCCUACCACGGUAAUUUGUCAGUAACUAACGGAUUCUAGUGUAAAUGGAACCUUACCCUUAUUCUCCUUUCUUUUCCCUUCACAUUAUAGUGCCUGCUUUAUAUUUUACAACUUGUGGAUGAUGUUUUUCCUGAAAUCAUACUCAUUUAUGGCAUAUCCUAAUUUUUAUUUGGCUUUUUGUUUGUGAAAAGAUAGCCUGUGGUGUAAUUGUGUAUUUCAAGAUGUAUAAAUUAAAAUUCAAAAAAUAUAAUUUUUGCAUGACCUGAAACCCCUCAUAAUCUGAUAUUAUAUGUUAAUAAAUUAUGGUUUGUUUUAAUUUUUUUUACUUCCUUUUGCUGUAUUGUUAUAUAAAAAAAGAUGGCAGCAUUUUUGUUUUCAGUGGAAUAGAAAAAUAAUUCAAUACAUAGUUCAAAUAUAUAAUCCGUAUAUACCGAUGUUGGUCUUCCAAGAAAACUAUUUAUCUUGUAUCAAAACAUGUAUCGUACAGAUCACUCCUGUUAUAUUCAUGGUGGUUUUCUUUGAAAGAGGAAAUCAGUACUGUAGUAUGACUACACAAAGUAUAUUAAAGUUUAUGUAGCAUAAAGUGAAUCUAAGCAUUAUGUUCUUUGUCUAAAUCUAUUUUUUUAAAAUUGCAAAUAAAGCAAACUAUUAUUACACACUAA